UCUCGUAUAAAUACCCAUAACCAUCUUAUCCUUCUUACUCCACACACACUCAUAAUGACGCUCACGUUCACAAUCUUUGGAGGAGGCGGAAAAGUCGCAAAGCAUUUCACCAAACUCGCCGUCACCGCGGGCCACAAAGUCCACUCGGUCAUCAAAGACGAUGGCCAUGCGUCUGAACUCGACUCUCUCGGGGCUACCACCCACAUCCUCUCCCUCCACGCCGCCACCCCGUCUACCAUAUCUUCUCUCUUCCGCCAGACCAAGCCCGACGUAGUCCUCUUCUCAGCGGGAGCCGGCGGGAAACCACCAGGUGCGGAUGAGAUUGAUCAUAAAGGCGCGGUCAAGGUGUUUGACGCGAUGGAACAAGCGGGGGUGAAGAGGCUGGUGCUCGUAGGGGCGCUGGAUGUGCGGAGUAGGGACAAGGGCUGGCCAGAGUGGUAUAACGAGGAGGAUAAGAAGGCGAGUGAUAAAGUCUGGGGAUCGAUUGGGUCUUAUAUGCAAGCCAAGCUCGACGCCGAACUCAAUCUCCACACCCGCAGCAAAAUCGAGUAUACCGUCAUUCGACCGGGGACCUUGACGACAGAGCCGGCUGGGGGUGCAGUGAUGGGCAGAACACAUCUGGCACAUACUUCACGAGAACUCGUUGCCCAGACAGCCCUCGCUAUUGCCACCAACCCCUCCACCAUCGGGUUCACCAUCGACGUCAUGGACGGCGACGCGAAAAUCGAAGACGAGUUGGAAAAGGUUGUAAAGGAAAAGCUUGACGCUUGGACCGGUUGAGACCUCUUUACGUCUGCCUUUCAGAGCAGGGUGGGCCUUGUACCUCUGUCUGUGGCAAAAAGUAGAUGAAAGAUGAUUUGACGGGAGUAGACGGUUAAAAUGAAUAGCCUAGUCAGAAGUCUCAGAAGGAAAAAUCAAGAUAAGAAUGAAGAUGAAUGCAGUUUACAAGUACAUG